GCAACGCAACCAAGUUUUGAAGCGUCGUCUGAUCGUUUCGAAAACACGACUAUUUUUAUGUUUCUUACUUUGUAAAAAAACCACUGAAAUGGAAAUAUUUGAUUUUGAGAAAACUCGGUGUUCGUUUCUGGAUUCCAUUUCUGAAGCUCUUAAACUGGGUGGUCCACCCACUAUCAGUGAAUUACUUUCAGUUAACAAUACAGCUCAUCUUGGGGAAGCUGAUAAAAAAGCUGUAUGGGAUCAGGCGUUUAGAGACAGAUUUUUGAGUGAUUCCUCAAACUUUUCCAUACCAUUGUUUGAAAAGUUGUUGCAGUUGAGUCUGGAUUGUGCAGUAGCUCUAGUAUGUUCUCCAACACUGCCUGUGAUUUUGCUCACAGAUGCUUUUGACAUCCUGUCUCUGGAAAAAUGUGAGGAAAUUUUCUACAUGGUUGAAAUGAAAGUAGCGAUUUGGAAACAAGAGCUUUUCUUCAAUCAGUGUAAAAAUACCUUACUUCGCCUUUGCAAUGAUCUGCUGAGGCGCUUGUCCCGAAGCCAGAACACGGUUUUCUGUGGUCGAAUUCUUCUAUUUCUUGCAAAAUUUUUCCCAUUCUCUGAACGAUCCGGACUUAACGUAGUAAGCGAAUUUAAUUUGGAUAAUUUGACGACAUUUGGAGCUAAAGAUGAAAGCUACGCUGCUGAUAUAUCUGCUAAUUCUGAAAAGCACAAGGAUGCAAUGGAAGUAGAAGAAAGUUUGAGCUCCGACUACAAUCUGUACAAAAAAUUUUGGUCCCUACAAGAUUUCUUUCGAAACCCUAAUCAGUGCUAUACGAAAAUCCCGUGGAAAACGUUUUGUUUGCAUACUAGUGAUGUUUUGUCUGCAUUUUCUACUAUCAAACUGGAUGAGCGGAGAAACCGCUCUAAAUGGGAUGAGGCAGAUGUGGCAUUAAACAUCGAUAUGAAUGAAACCAGCAUGAAUGGUGGAAAUGUCCAACAAUAUUUCGCCAAAUAUUUGACGAGUCAAAAUCUUCUCGAACUUCAGCUCGGUGACUCCAACUUCAGACGUUACAUUCUGCUGCAGUUUCUGAUUAUGUUCCAAUAUCUGGAUUCACCUGUCAAGUUUAAACACGAAACUCACAAGCUCAACGAAGAACAAACUACGUGGGUUUCCGAGGCUAUCGAUCAAGUCUAUCGGUUAUUGAAAGAUACACCUCCAGAUGGCGCUUCUUUCGUCCAAUCUAUUCGACACAUACUAAAGCGGGAAGAAUUAUGGAGCAACUGGAAGAACGAUGGCUGCCCGGAAUUCCGGCCCAGCAUAACCAGCUCAACCACUGAUAAUGAUACUAUAAAAGAUGGUACCAAUGGAGAAAAAAAGACGAUCGUAGUUGGCCGACCAAGACGGCUCAAAAGAAGUCUUGGAGAUCAGAUUCGAGAAGCUUCAAAAAGAAAUAAGUGCAUUAUUGGAAACGCUGAGAUGAAUCGUUUGUGGAAUCUAUGUCCUGAUAACAUGGCUGCCUGUCGAUCUAAAGAUCGAGAUUUUCUACCUACAUUAGAAAACUAUUUUGAGGAAGCCAUUGAGCAACUGGAUCCUUCAGUGGAAAGCCAGUACAAGCGAGUUAGUGAGGCUAAUUUUGGGUGGCGUGCUUUGCGGCUUUUGGCUAGACGAAGUUUACAUUUCUUCACUCAUGGUAAUACUCCUAUCACUCGGCUGCCAGAUUACUUGGAAACGCACGUUCGCAAACUGGCCAAGGACAUGCAGCAGUCAGCAAAUGCAUUGCCUAAUGUAAAACCGGAGCCAGUGGACGACGCUGGUGAGGUAGAACAAAUGGAACCGGAAGCAGACCCAGUGUCCAAUAACUCGGAAAUUGAAGGAGUCCCAGAAGAAACUAAUGUAAAACCGGAUGAGAUGGAAGAAGAAGAAAGCACUGAAAAGAAACCUGUACUUUGCUGCACAAUGGAUCAACUCACUCGCUUAGCAAAACAAAUCGGGACUAAUUGGAAACUUCUCGCACCAAAACUUGGUUUUGGACCAGAUGAGGUGGAGUAUUUUGAAAGUGAAACAAACGAAGUCGAAAUUCAGGCUAAGAAAAUGUUUCAGAUAUGGUUAGAAAAUGAAGCAGAUGCUACUCCAGAGAACCUGCUCUACACAUUAGAAGGCCUCGGCAUGUUAGACAGCGCUCAGGGAAUAUUAUGAUUUUUAUUGCUUUCAUAUGCCUCAUCUUGUUCACAAAAAAAAAAAAAAAGAAAUACACAAAAUUUUUACAAGAAAA